GAAAAGGCGAAGGUCGAACAGGAGCUUCUUGAUGUCGAGAUAGGCUACAUAUCCCUGUUACAGACUUGCUGCACCUACAGACUUGACGGUUCCAUCGAUCUCGAAACGUCUCCUGAGAUUGAAAUCAAUGACAAACACAGGAACCGUGUCUGCCAACUCCUCGAAAGUGCCCGAAGCGAUGACCCCCGCUUGCCCACAGGAAAAUUACUCUCCGGGAAUCAGUACCACAUGGACGCCUAUGGUUUCAUGUACAGCUUCCCUAACGCUGACAUUGCUCUGCUCUAUCUCUGCAAUCGCCUAUCACAGUUCUACAGCCUGCGUUCCUCUGAGGAGACCCUUCGAAAACUCCAGUGGGCCAGUAUCCUUGAGAUGGACUUUCAGCAAAUACCCAGGGCUAGGCUAAAGAAAAUAUGCCGGAUGGGCAUCCCUGCCGAGUUGAGAGCCAACGUUUGGGCAAAACUCAUUAAGCUGGGCCUCAGCAAGGCGCCCGUGGAAAUGGGCUCCCGCUACUACCAAACUCUGGUGGAGAAAGUGAACGAUAUUCAGGUGAGUUGUAAUUCAUUUGGGAUGUUGUACCUAGGGGCAAGGUGA